AUGGCAGAGCGCAGGCCUGCGGGUGGAUUCCAGGUAUCUCUUGUUGUGCUGUUAAUAACCGGUUUGUGUUUUUGGGAUUGUAGGAGGAACUGUCGAUUAAAAUCUCUGGGCUCCUCCACAGCUUUCGGACGCUCGACAGCCCUGGUGAGUGAGUUUCUGCAGAUCUUAACGGCUCAGCUCCUGCAGAGCUCCAGCGCGGCUCCGGCUGGGCUCGUCCUUCACGUUCUCGACCUCUAUUUGACUGAACUGGCUCUCAUCGGCUCAGCUGAGCUGACAGCAGAGCAGAACCAGACCUUUAUUGAGCCUUUCUUCAAGACUGUGGCCAAAAUCAAAGAUCGGGUCCUGCUGAAGGCCAUCGGCAGCAACAUCUUUAACACCAUCGUUGAUCAAGUUCCUUACGCCAUCGAGGAUCUGCAGAGAGAGAUCCGUCAGAACGCAGAACUGGACUCUAGUGAAGAAGCUGAAGACGAAAUCCCUCUCAAAACACUCACACCAAACUCACGGUACACGCCACAAUACGAGUAUAAAUAA